GGAGGGGCCGGGAGGGCUUUCUGUAGGAGGGGGCCUUUUAAUCGGGACUUCUAGGAAGCCGGGGAAGGCAGUAGCUGGGGGCACAGCCAGCCAGAGAGAACUCUCGGAGUUAGGAGGUGGAGGGGUUUGUUUGUGGCCAGGGUUAACGGGUUCGAGAAUCAGGAUAGGGGCAGAGGAAGACUGGAAAGGGAGGAGGGGGAGGUUGAAGUUGCCGAAGGCCCAAAGAGCACUUCGUAUUAGAUCCUGGAGGCCAUGGGGAGCCUCUGAAGUUUUCUGAGAAGGGAGACAUGGUCAGAAAUCCAUCUUGGGGAGAGACUUGAGGCGGACAGACACCCCCCCUCCCCUCCCAGCAGCCAUGGCAGUAAGCCAGGGGCCAGGAGAUGAUGGUCUGCAGGAGGGGUCGGCUGGUCAGGGGGCAGGCUUGAGGGAGCAUCUAAGGGAAACUGACUUUGGGAAGAGCUUGGAUGGAAGGGAGGGGGCCCCAGGAGCCCUAGGACCUCAGUGUUGCCCCAGAAUUCAGUUUUGGACUUGUUGAGUUCUAGAUGUUCAUGGGCCCUCCAUCCUCCAGCUGGAGAUGGCUGAAAGGGUGUUGGGGAUUCAAGAUGGGGGGCAGCAGGGAGAUCAGGGCAGGAAAGGGAGAUUAGAGAGUCCUCAGUAGAGAGAUGGCCAUUAAAUUCCUGGGAGCUGAUGAGGUGACCAAGUGUAGUGGGGGGACAGGAGAAGAGGGCCAAGAAGAGCCCCAGAUGACACUCAUGGUCAGAGAGAGAGAAUCCUGCAAACAGAGAGAAGAGUGUCAAGGAGGACAGAGUGAUGGACAGUGCCUUGGUUACAGAGAAGGCUAGCGCAAGCUGGCGGGACAAGGCUGAAUGUGGAUGGGCUCCUGGUCCACUUCCCUUAUGACUACAUCUACCCUGAGCAGUUCUCCUAUAUGCUGGAGCUCAAGCGGACCCUGGAUGCCAAGGGUCAUGGAGUCCUUGAGAUGCCCUCAGGCACUGGCAAGACUAUCUCCCUCCUGGCCUUAAUCGUGGCAUACCAGCGGGUUCACCCCCUGGAAGUGACCAAGCUCAUCUAUUGCUCCAGGACUGUCCCAGAGAUUGAGAAGGUGAUAGAAGAGCUCAGGAAGCUGAUGAACUCCUUUGAAAAGCAGGAAGGAGAGAAGGUUCCUUUCCUGGGCCUGGCCUUGAGCUCACGGAAGAAUCUGUGUAUUCACCCUGAGGUGACCCCCUUGAGGUUUGGGAAGGAUGUGGAUGGAAAGUGUCAUAGCCUGACAGCUUCUUAUGUGCGGGCCCAGCGCCAGCAGGACUCCAGUGUCCCUCACUGCCGAUUCUAUGAGGAGUUUGAUGCCCAAGGUCGCCAAAUGCCCAUUCCCUGGGGCAUAUACAACCUGGAUGAUCUGAAGGCUUUUGGACGACAGAAAGGCUGGUGUCCAUACUUCCUGGCCCGAUACUCAAUUCUUCAUGCCAAUGUGAUCGUCUAUAGCUAUCACUACCUUCUGGACCCAAAGAUUGCUGACCUUGUUUCCAAAGAGCUGGCUCGGAAAGCCGUGGUUGUUUUUGACGAGGCCCACAACAUUGACAACGUAUGCAUCGACUCAAUGAGUGUGAAUCUGACCCGCCGGACCCUGGACCGAUGCCAGAACAACUUGGAGACGCUGCAGCGCACGGUUCACAAGAUCAAGGAGACUGAUGAGAAACGCUUACGGGAAGAAUACCGCCGCCUAGUGGAGGGGCUUCGGGAGGCCAGUGUUGCCCGGGAGACAGAUGCCCACCUGGCCAACCCAGUCCUUCCAGAUGAAGUAUUACAGGAGGCGGUCCCCGGCUCCAUCCGAACAGCUGAGCAUUUCCUGGGCUUCCUCCGGCGCCUGCUGGAAUAUGUCAAAUGGCGUCUGCGGACCCAGCAUGUGGUCCAGGAGAGCCCACCGGCCUUCCUGGGGGGCCUGGCCCAUCGUGUCUGCAUCCAGCGCAAGCCAUUGCGGUUCUGCGCUGAGCGGCUGAGGUCGCUACUUCACACACUCGAGAUCGCAGACUUGGCAGACUUCUCCCCGCUCACCCUCCUCUCAAAUUUUGCCACCCUGGUCAGCACCUACUCCCGAGGCUUCACCAUUAUCAUCGAACCCUUCGACGAGAGGACCCCGACCAUUGCCAACCCCGUCCUACAUUUCAGCUGCAUGGAUGCCUCCCUGGCCAUCAAACCUGUGUUUGAGCGUUUUCAGUCUGUGAUCAUCACGUCAGGGACGCUGUCCCCUUUGGAGAUCUAUCCCAAAAUACUGGACUUCCACCCAGUCACCAUGGCCACCUUCACUAUGACCCUGGCCAGGGUCUGCCUCUGCCCCAUGAUUGUUGGCCGGGGCAAUGACCAGGUGGCCAUCAGCUCCAAGUUUGAGACCCGAGAGGAUAUAGCUGUCAUCCGCAAUUAUGGGAACUUGCUCCUGGAGAUGUCCGCUGUGGUGCCCGAUGGCAUUGUUGCCUUCUUCACCAGCUACCAGUACAUGGAGAGCACCGUGGCUGCCUGGUAUGAGCAGGGCAUCCUGGAGAACAUUCAGAGGAAUAAGCUUCUGUUCAUUGAGACGCAGGAUGGAGCAGAGACCAGCGUGGCUCUGGAGAAGUACCAGGAGGCCUGUGAGAAUGGCCGGGGUGCCAUCCUACUGUCUGUGGCUAGGGGCAAAGUGUCCGAGGGUAUCGACUUCGUCCACCACUAUGGCCGGGCCGUCAUCAUGUUUGGUGUCCCCUAUGUCUACACCCAAAGCCGCAUCCUCAAGGCCCGCCUGGAGUUCCUUCGGGACCAGUUCCAGAUCCGAGAGAAUGAUUUCCUGACCUUUGAUGCGAUGCGGCAUGCAGCACAGUGUGUGGGCCGGGCCAUCCGGGGCAAAACUGACUACGGGCUCAUGGUCUUUGCCGACAAGCGCUUCGCCCGGGCUGACAAGCGAGGGAAGCUCCCCCGCUGGAUUCAGGAGCACCUCACUGACGCAAAUCUCAACCUGACUGUGGAUGAGGGGGUGCAGGUGGCCAAGUACUUCCUGAGGCAGAUGGCCCAGCCCUUCCACAGGGAGGACCAGCUGGGCCUGUCUCUGCUGAGCUUGGAGCAGCUGCAGUCUGAAGAGACCCUCCGCCGCAUCGAGCAGAUCGCCCAGCAGCUGUGACUUGUGGGGUGACGUGCUGGGAGAGGCAGCCUGGGGGUAAUAAAGGCUGCGUUUUGAAGAUUCGUCUCCCCUCCAGGGCUGCCAAGCUGGGUGGCCCUGGCCUCUGGGCCUCCGUCCCUUCACCUGUGGAGUGGGGAUAAUCACAGCCCCUCUGAGGAUCUACAUCCUGAGCUCAGAAGGAGCGGGACUUCGUUGUGGAGCAGGCCGGGGAAGCUGCCAUUUUGCUGCAGACGCCAUGGUCCCUGCGAUGGGCCCAAUGGCCUGCUGUAUACAUUUUAUUCAAUAAAAGCCACCUUGGCACCAAGAAUCAGAAACAAAA